AUGGAAUCUACUAACGAUCAACAAACUCCACCUACUAUAUCGAUUAACAAUAGCAGCAGUCGACGGAAGCAAAGUAAACCAAAUCGACUUGAACAUGUCGUCACGGACAACCCAUCAACUAUUCCGUUAACAUCAGAUUCAGGAAAUUCUUCUUCAAUUCUUCCACCUCUCACUCAAUAUCAUGUAGCAGCCGAACAACAAACUUUUGGUUCGAUCGGAAUUGGCGGAGAUGAUGAAUGUGAUCGAGUUAGUCUAAACUGCGAAGAUGGAUCAUUGUCAUCGCAAUCAACAGGUGAACAUUACACAAUUGACGAUGGCAAUCACCGAACACAAACUGAAUUGACUUCAACGAAUGAUGAGGAAAAUCGAACACUCGAUUCGAACGAACAACUGUUCAAUUCAACUAAUCGUUCACGUUCGUUGAAUCCCGCGAAGAAAUCACGUUCAUUGAAAAGAAAACAUUCGAAUGGAAAUCUUGAUCCAAUUGGAACAAUGUUGACACCGACGAGAAUCUUUCACGCUGAUGCUUUCUGUGCAAUUUGUCGAAAGGAAUUUUGUAAUAAAUAUUUUCUUAAAACGCAUUUGGCUAAUAAACAUGGAAUAUUCGAUCCUCAAUCUGUUGGUUCGGCAUCAUCGAAAGAACUUACUGAUACAACUAAUGAUUCGAAUCUUCAACAAUCUUUCGCAGUGAUUUCGACUUUAAUUGGAAAUGAUCAAGAUGAAUUAGCAUCUUCACCAUCAUCUGAUCUAAUACAAACGAAUCAUGAUAAUGAACUUGGAUCAUUGAGACUUCAAAUGAAUGGUGUUAUCGCCGGUGAUGAUGAUGAUGAUGAUAAUGAAGAAAAUCAGAAUCAAAAUAAUAAUAAUAAUCAUAAUGAUGAAGAUGAUGAACAGGAUGGAAUUGGAUCAAAUCGAUUAAUCAAUCUUCCACAACAAAUUGCUUCGAUUUUAUCGAAUGAAAAUACCAAUCUGAAAACGGAUGAUGAUCAACGAGUUAUAACAAGUAAUUCACCAACGAAUAAUUUAGAUUUUCAAUCAACUCGACAAUCAUCGACGAAAAUUUUAGAAGAUUUUUGCGAUAUUUGUCAAAAACAUUUUUGUAACAAAUAUUAUUUAAGAAAACAUAAAUUAGAUGUUCACGGUGUUCAAACCGAUUGCAAUAUCAAACCGUAUAAACGUAUUGACAAUAGCUCGUUAUCUAUCAAAAAUUCGCCUCCAUCGACAGCAACUCAACAAAUUUCAUCAUUUUCGAACGUAACAUUUAAACCAUCUUCUGUUCAACAAAGUCUCGGCUUGUUACUUAAUCCAAUAUUUUCUCCAUUAGUUCAAUCGGCAACUUCAACUGAUCAACAAAACUUAUUAACAAAUAAACGUCGUUAUACUGAUAGUUCAAAUGAUUCUUCAUCAUCUAAAUGUCAAUAUUUAUCGUCAGAUGUCGCCAAUGUUCUCGCUAAUCAACUUGUUACAAACAAUUCCAAAUCUCAAAUAAGUACAUGUACUUUAUGUGGAAAGAAAUUUCAAUCAAAUGAUUAUUUACAAUUACAUCUUAUGAACAAACAUCAAAUCAAAACAGAUAUUCAACAACGAACAAAUAAAUUAACUAAUUUCAUUACAACAUCUAAUCAACCAUUAAAUAGUAAUACGUAUAAAAAGAUCAAACUAGAACCCAAUGAAACAACAGCUAUAACAUCGAUUAUUAAGUCACCGACAUCACCUAAUGAUGCCAAUUCGUCAAUAGUCAUGCCCGGAAUUGUCGAUACAUAUUUCGCAGCUAAAAUGGCCGAUCGAGUUUCAUGUGACAUAUGUCAUAAGCAAGUAUGUAAUAAAUACUUUUUGAAAACACAUAAACUGAAAGUUCACGGUGUUGGACCUGAUCCACUCGGAGCACCAUCGAACGCAAAUGAAACAGCGGAAGAAGAAAAUGAUCAACAACAAUCAUCGGAUAACAGUCCACCUCAACUUGUUGUUGAUGAAAGAAGUAUCGAACCAGGCGUUAUACCAAGUCCCGAUGCUUUAACAGCAUCUGUGAAUACAUUCAUUGGUACAAAUAAUGAUUUGAACGAACAGAUCACAUGUGAUCUUUGUUCGAAAACAUUUCCAUCAAAAUUUCUUCUUCAUAUUCACAUGACAAAUGUUCACGGAGUUCAACAAACCACUUCCACUGCCAACGGAGCACCAAUAACGACAACCGCAAUAGCUACUAAUAACAAAAGUCAAUUGAUAAACGCAGGAAUUCAGAAACCAAUCAUAAAUGGAAAUAGUUCCGUUCGAUUAAAGCAAACGCCGCAAGUUCAACUACGUGUCACAUGUCAAGUUUGCAAGAAGGAAUUAUGUAACAAAUACUUUUUACGUGCACAUAUGCGUAAUGUUCAUAAUAUAUCUGUCGAUGAUUUACGCUUGGUUCAACAACAACAACAACAACAAUCAAGCUCAACAUCUCAAUCAUCUCCUAAUUCAGAUAAACAAUCAACUAAACAAGUUUUCUCUCAACCUUCGAAUAUUUUAUCUCCGACAUCAACAAUUCCAACUGAUAGUCAAAUGGAUUCAACAAAAUACUCUUCAUCCAACGAUAAUGCACUGAAUGGACAUCAAACUGAUAGCGAUGAAUCAGAAAAUAUUUCAUCAUCCAACGACAAUAAUAACAAUAAUAAUCAACUUUUGUCUAUGCAACCGUUUCUUGUUGAAAGUGACGAUGAUUUAUAUAAAGAUUUAUUUGUUCCAUGUAUGGUCUACUUACCAUGUCGACAUCGUGUCACCAAACCAUUGGAAAUCUCACUACGAUUAAAGCCUGUUGAUAAUACUUCAACAACCAAUGUCGAUUAA